GUGACACAGCAUCUAGAACACCGGAGCGCUGCGACGGACCCGGAAGUGGAACGCACACGUGGUUGCUGGGGAAGCGGAGUCCUAUGAGGCUGGUUGGUCGGCUCCAGUGUGCAGUAGCCGGGUUUGUGUGUCAUUCACCGGCCAAGGAGAUGGCGUGUAAAGUAGUGAGGUUACCGGCCGGAGCCCGGGGUAGCAGGAGCGGCCCGGACAAGGAUGUGAAAAGUUGGAAAGAAAUACUCAAUACUUCAGCUGGUCUUUUACAGCAAGGUGGAGUCAUUGGUGUACCCACUGAUACUAUCUAUGGCAUUGCCUGCUUAGCACAGAGCUCUCAGUCUAUGAGCAACAUCUACAAUUUGAAAGGAAGAAAUGGCACUAAACCUUUAGCUAUAUGUGUUGGAGAUGUUGAGGAUAUCUACAGGUACUGUCAUGUUAAUGUUCCUGAGCAAUUGUUUCGUGAUUUGUUACCAGGACCAGUUACUCUUGUAAUGGAACGCUCAGAUGGCCUUAAUAAGGAGCUUAAUCCUUAUACUUCUUUGGUUGGUGUUCGUAUUCCUGACCACGCAUUCAUCAGACAACUGGCACAGAUCUGUUCGGAGCCGUUGGCACUGACCAGUGCCAACAUCAGUACACAGGAGAGCACAUUGACAGUAGAGGAGUUUAAGGACUUGUGGCCUAUGUUGUCGCUAGUAGUUGAUGGAGGACCUAUUGGAGACUUGCAGAGCCCAGAGUGUCGGUUGGGAUCAACAGUAGUUGACUUAUCUAUACCUGGGAAGUUUACAGUUAUCCGACCUGGAUGUGCUCUGAGCCCUACAUUGGAGAUCCUGAAAAACAGACAUGGACUAAUAGCCACCUCCUGACAUUUCAGGUGGACUGUUGUUCUCGCAAACCAAGGCAAUCCAUUUGUCAAUGACCAGCACAUGGCAAUAACUCUAAAAUCCUGCUGCUGAAGUGUGAGGAAUAGCAUGCCAUGCCUCCAUAGACUUUUAAAAGCAUGGGACCCUUUUUCCUUUACAUCUUGGUUUAUGUUUGGAUUUUAAAUUUCACAGGAAGAUUCAUAGAAGACAUUAUUUAUAAUUUUCAUAAAACCUUAGGUCAGUGAAUAUGAACGCGCUUUGUUACUGCAAACUGUUUCCAAGUUUAAUUUAUGACUUAUAUCUGUGUUGUAAAUUUUACGUUGAAAUUAAAUGUCUUUAACCUUGAAUGGUUUCAGAAAAACCUCUAA